AUGGUUAAGCAUGUAUUAAUGCUUGCAGCUUCAUCAAGUUUGUUUGCAUCUGCUAACUCUGUCGUGAAGUUUAAUGGGCUCAAUUAUGGGGAAUGGUCUGAACAGAUCUGGUUUACACUGGGUGUUAUGGCAUUGGACUCUGCCAUACUAACAGAUGAUGAGCCUGCAGCCAUUAUAGAAGAAAGCUCUGAAGCUGAAAAAUCUCGGUUUGAGAGAUGGGAGCGAUCUAACAGGCUGAGCUUGAACCUCAUGAGGAUGACGAUGGCAGAAAGUAUAAAGCCAUCUAUGCCUAAGACAGAGAAAGCAAGGGAAUUCUUACAGAAAAUUAAGGAGUGUUCACAAUCGGAUUUGGCUGACAAGUCUAUUGUAGGAAGCUUAAUGAAUGAGCUAACUACAAGAAAGUUUGACUGGUCUCAGCCAAUCCAUGAUCAUGUGACACACAUGUCUAACUUGGCAGCAAAGUUAUCGACCCUAGGAAUGGAAGUGAAUGAGCAUUUCUUGGUCCAAUUCAUCAUGAACUCUCUGCCUUUUGAGUUUAGCCAGUUCCAGGUGAACUACAACACCAUUAAAGACAAAUGGAACUUUAAGGAGUUAAAGGCUAUGCUGGUUCAAGAGGAAGGGAGAUUAAAGAAGAUGAGAGACCAUGUUGCUAAUUUCGUGGGUCAUGGAAGUGCCAGCAGCAGCAAAGGAAAACUGAGUAAAAUGGGUAAAAAGAAGGAUAAGACUUUCAUGAAGGGACCUGAGAGUCAAAUCCAGAAGGAGAGGAAGUGUUUCUUCUGCAAGCAAGUGGGACACUUCAAGAAAGAUUGCCCUAAAAGAAAGGCAUGGUUCGAUAAGAAAGGUAAACAUCACAGUUUCGUUUGCUCUGAAUUGAACCUUAUAGAAGUGCCUAAUAAUACUUGGUGGCUAGAUUCUGGUGCAACUACUCAUGUGUCUCAUAUUAAACAGGGAUUCAGUUCGAUCCAGCCUAUAAGAGGACCCACUACAGGAAAAAAGUUUAUUAAUAACAUCCGAAAAACGCUAUCUGACGAUACGAUAGCGUUUUGA